AUGGCCACAGAUACCCUACCAGUGCUUCCCUUGGAAGUUAUCGACACUAUCAUGGAGAUUGCAGUUGAUACACUUGAUCCCAAAUCAGUUUCAUCGAUAACACUCCUCUCACACCAUUGCCGUAUCAUAGCCAACAAAAAACGCUUCUUUUAUAUCGGGGGUGAUAGUAAAACCAAGACGAGUUCGACCGACUACGACAUACUGGCAACUCUCAUCGAGGAAGCAGCUGGUUACGCAAUGCGUGGUAUACACACUUUCAUUGCCCAUGUCGACAUUAUCAUUCAAGAAGACUGCCGUGCACGACAAAUGCAGGUCUAUAUUGCAAUUUGGAACCAAAUAUUCAGGGAUGAUGCUAUAUUGCACACGCCUGUUCGAAAGCUGGAAAUUCGUACAACGUACUUUGCAAAAUUGCAGGAUCGACAUCCCGCAAUGGAACCUUCGCUCAGGUCAUUAAUCAAGGAAUCACACAUUAACGCCCUGGAGCUUCACUCCACAACCGGCCUACCUUUCGACCUUCUAUGGGAGUCAAAGAUCGAACACCUCUCCCUGUCGUGGGUCGGUGGAUGGUCCGUGCCUGAUAUUGUCUCGGAUAGAUUGGUCCCCGUCUAUCUCAAGUCGCUCAACAUUGUAACGCAACCCAUAGGUUCGUUUGAAGUACUCGAUCUGCUGAUUUUACUUGGGGGGCCCAAAUUCAGUCCUUUGCAGUACCUGACAAAGUUGACUCUAUUAACCGUGUGUCAAGCAUUCCCAAUCGAAUUGAUUGAACAAACAAAACGUUUGGAGACACUGUCGUUGAACUGCUGUGAAGAAGCAUACAAAGUCAUGGCUGACAGACUGAAUCCGGGGGGGAGUUUACUUAGUUCCCGGCAGUUCAUCCAUUUGAAGUCUCUCGAUCUCCAUUACAAAUUGCAUGCUCAGUCUCCUAGUCCAUCUGGGCCGCUGGCAGUUUGCGUCGUGGGAAACUCACUCCCUCCUCAGCUCGAAAAACUUUACAUAAAAGGAUCACUUGACGAUACAAUACGCAGUACCCUAACAGCCCCAGACUAUGGUCUUUUGGACGACAAUGUGCUACUUAAAGAGGCAGUCUCUUGGGAUGAUAACCUGUCUUCCGCCGUGUCCAGGCGCACGAAAAAGCCUGCGGUGCAAAUAGAUCUUUCUAUACGUUGUACCUUCAAAAAGGAAGACUCAUUCUCCUGCAUCUGGAAGGACCAUUGGCGACAGAAAUUUGAAUCCGCAUUCUGGCAGUGUCGAUCGUCUCUUACGCAUUUCUCACUGUCCAUUCAUACAUCUUCCGCCUUAUACGAACCCUGGCUAUUUGUGCUUCGCUCCUCGUAG